GCUUUCCCGGUUGGAUUUGCUUCUUGCCCAUGGGCAUCUCAUGUGCAAAGGGAUUACUGGGCAUUUACAGCAGAGUUGCCACUGAUUCUGAUACAGAGCCCAGAGGAUAAAUCUGCAUUAUUCUUAUUUGUUUGUCACAAUAGAAGUCGGAAACAAAAUGGAAAUGGCAGAAAACAUACCGUGCAAUAGUGUGGUUGGUGGCAAUUUUAAAGAAGUUUGUCCAGAGAAGGUAAUUCGGUUCAAACCACCAUUAUACAAACAACGGUACCAGUUUGUUAGAGAUUUAGUGGAUCGCCAUGAACCCAAGAAGGUUGCCGACCUGGGAUGUGGCGAUACCAAGCUCCUAAAGCUGCUAAAAAUCUACCCAUGCAUUCAACUGCUUGUUGGGGUAGAUAUCAAUGAGGAAAAAUUGCAUUCAAAUGGGCAUCGCUUGUCUCCCUAUUUAGGGGAGUUUGUGAAACCCCGGGAUCUAGAUCUGACCGUCACCUUGUAUCAUGGCUCUGCUGUGGAGAGGGACUCACGCUUGCUGGGAUUCGACUUGAUAACAUGCAUUGAAUUAAUAGAGCACUUGGAUUCAGACGAUCUGGCCAGAUUUCCUGACGUGGUUUUUGGAUACCUGUCACCAGCCAUGGUUGUCAUCAGCACCCCAAAUGCUGAAUUCAACCCCCUGUUUCCUACAGUGACCCUGAGGGACGCCGACCAUAAAUUUGAGUGGAGCAGAAUGGAGUUUCAGACCUGGGCUUCACACGUGGCAAACUGCUACAAUUACCGUGUGGAGUUUACCGGGGUAGGGACACCACCAGCUGGAUCUGAGCAUGUUGGAUAUUGUACCCAGAUAGGUGUCUUUACGAAAAACGGUGGGAAGCUCUCUGAACCCUCGUUUUCCCAGCAGUGUGACCAGCAUGUUUAUAAACCUGUUUAUACAACUUCCUACCCGAGUUUACAGCAGGAGAAGGUGCUCAAGUUUGUUCUGGUUGGGGAACUCCUGAUACAAGUGGACCGACUGAGGCUGAGAUACCAGAGAAUGCUACGGGACCGGGACCGGGAGAAGGACCAGGGCCCUAAGCCUGGGGACACGGACUCCUGCCCAGCGCCCCACCUACUGCUGGGAGCAGUCUUCACAGAGGCUGAAAAGGCCAGGAUAGAAAGUACUCCCAAACCCUUCUGUGAAGGAGAGAAGUUUUACAUACCCCUGCGGAGACUGCUCACUUACCCCAGACUGCACCGCCUGUGUGCUGAUGAAGACAGGGUGCGAUCCCUCAUUGCUGACUCAGUGUGCUUAAGCAGUGAUGGCUCCGCAGUUGUGGUGGACCUGCAUAAUUCUUGGGAUUAUCGGCCUGAAGAUAACUGAGCCACUCGGAUUUCUCGAAGCCCAGAGACCCACUGAUAGUUGGGUUCACUUAGAAUUCAAACUUUUUUUUUCAUUUUAGCGGUGCCGGGACUCGAACCCUUGCCCAUGGUAAGCAAGCACUCUGCCACUCAGCUCCAUCCUCAGCCCUAGAACUUAAACUCUGUAAGUCCUAAUUCAAGAAAUAGUUUGAGAGUUUUAACACAAAUUGGGUCCUGAUCUCAAUGACAGAUCUGCCUGACAUACAGACUGCUCUUUGCCUGAGAAAGGGCUUAACUAAAAGUAGUUGCUUUCUUUUAAAAUUAGAUUUUUUUUUUUUUUAAUUUGGAGUUUACAACAGUGAAGAAAUUGGAUGUGGUAAUGUGUUAAUUUUAUCUUCACCCAAAUUUUGGUGUUAGAACAACCGUAUGUUGUAUGUGACAUUAAAACAUUUAAAUGUAA